CAGGUUGGUCAAAAUAAUUUAUUUGUUCAUGAGAAGUGAUGCAUUAAAGUAAACGCUUUUAAUAAUGCCACUAAGUUUAGAUAUGUACUGCUUUAAAGCAAGAACAUAAGGUCACAACAGCUGCACAUGAACUGAUAACCAUGUUCCUAGCAAUGCACUGACACUAUUUCUAUGCCUAUCUACUUGUUAGACUAUUAUCCUGGUUGUGACAUAAUCACCCUGUUUAUCAGGUCACGCGUGUUGCCUUCUUGUUCAAAUAAAGAUGUGAUCUAAUUUCCCAUCAGAGAAUUUCAAAUCCUGCAAUGAUUUACCCAGAUGUCAAUAUGUGCUUAACUUGCUGUCCAUUACAAAGAAAAGUAUUCUCUAAUUCUAGUUUCUAGUUCUGUUACUGAUAUUCAAUAAUGUUAGAAAAAGGCAAUAUUUAAUACAACGGGCCAGUAAGUGUUUUCAUAAUGUUCAGACCCUCUGGCCUCUGAAGUAAUAAAACUCUUUAACACGCAAGUGAAAUAUACCUACCAGCCACUUCAUAAAGUACACCUGUUCAAUUGUUCAUUCACUCAAAUAUCUAAUCAACUAAACACAUGGCAGCAAUUCAGUGCAUUUAGUAGGGUAGACAUGGCUAAGACAACCUCAUUAAGUUCAAACUGAGCAUCAGAAUGAGGAAGACAGGUGAUUUAAGUGGCAUUGAAUGUGGUAAGGGUUAGGGCCAGAUGCUUUUGGGUGUAGUACCACAUCGGUAGAAGAUCAGUUGAACACCACAGCCUGCCUGAGUAAUGCAGUUGACAGUGUCCGUCCCACAGUGUGCCCAUGUGUACUGAUGGCUACUUCCAGCAGGACAAAGCACCAUUCCAUUCCUCAAAGCACAAAUCAUCACAAACUGGUUUCUUGAACAUGACACUCAGUUCACUGUCCUUAAAUGCCCUCCACAGUCACUAGAUCUCAACCCAGUAGUGCACUUUUAGAAUGUGGUGCAAUGGGAGAUUCACAACGUGGCUGUGCAGCCAACAAACCUGCUGCAACUGUGUGAUGCUGUCAUGUCAACAUGGACAAAAUCUCAGACGAAUAUGUGCCGCACAGAAUUAAGGCAGUUCAGAAGGCAAAAUGGGGUCCAACCAUGUACUAGCAAGGUAUACCUAAGAUGAUACCUUGCUGAUGAUACAAUAUUAGAAAGGUGGAUAAAUUAACAACUGUAUCUUUUUUCUUUGUUUUUAUUUCCUAUUAAUUCAAUCCCAGAAGCCUAUUGAACACUGUGUGUUAAAACAAUAUACAAUACAGAAACAUAAGGAAAUACAGCAUAGUUUCAUAUGCAGACAUAUGCUCACUGCAAGAAGAAUAAAUGGUCUGAUUUGCCAAAUGUCAUAAUAAGUUAUUUUCAAUUUUACUGUUACACAAAUAUAUAAAAUGUAAACCAUGUAAAGCCCAUAAAAGGGUAGCUUUCUUUUAAAGGCUUUUCUUUCUUCCUGACGGUGUAACAAGAGGAAAAGCAGAAGUGGUCAUAUUAUUCAUACAGGAUCUCUGCUAGACUUUUCUCAAAACAGGAUGUUUUGAGAAAGCAUGAAUUCUGAAAAAAUCUCAUGGCCCAAUUUUUUUUUCUACCAAAAUGACCUCAAUCUUCUUCCAUUAAUAAGUUAAGUUAAAUGUUUUCUUUUUCUUUUAAAUAUUUCAAAUUGAAAUGUAGGCUUUGUGGAAAAAAAGAUAAAUCCCCUCUCAUCGUCUCAUCUUUAAUGAUUGAUCAAAAUGUCAACAUGUGUCCAGGUUGCAGUCCAAUACAGGCGGACCUUUUUAUUUAAAAUAGUUACUGGAUCUGUUCUUGGGGAACAUGAGAAAGUUUUUAUUAAAGAUUCUGAGUUCCUUCUGUUAGCGCAGCAGUCUUGGCGGAUUUAAAAAGGUAAGAGGCCUAUAUGAGCACCUUUUGGUGAAAACAAAAUGACUAAAGUAUUAUGCUAUUAUUUUACAGUGACUGACCAACACUGAAGACGCAAUAUGAUCCUCAUUUUUGAUGAAAAACGACAUUUUAUUUUUCACUUGUCUCUUGGCCUGUUGAGUUUCCUGCAGUUCACAGAAUGUGAGAAUAUUAGGCUGGUCGGACCUUCGCGUUGCUCUGGCAGAGUGGAGGUCUUCCACAAAGGCAGUUGGGGAACUGUCUGUCACGAUCAGUGGAGCAUUGCUAACGCUGAGGUGGUGUGUCGAGAGUUAAGCUGCGGGACAGCUAUCGAGGCCAAAAAAGACGCCUUCUUUGGACAGGGAAAGGAUGAGAUCUGGUUGGAUGACGUACAGUGUACUGGGCAUGAGUCUUCCAUCCUUCAGUGUCAGCACAAACCGUUUGGGGUAAAUAACUGUGGCCACAAUGAAGAUGCAGGAGUGGUCUGUUCAGAACAUGUGCGCUUUGAGAAAGGAACCACUCGUUGUAAUGGCAGAGUGGAAGUCUACCACAAGGGUCAGUGGAAAAGAGUUUGCAAUGACUGGGGCAAGGAAGCAGCUCAGGUGGCGUGCAGAGAAGCUGGCUGCGGCAAUCCUCUCAGUCAGAACGAAACACCCUAUUUUGGAGAAGCACAUGAACUGUCUGCCAUCAAAACCACUUGCUCUGGAAAUGAGAACUCAAUCUCACAGUGCAAACUUAAAGAUUUCAGAGAAAGCUGUGUUGAUGCUACUGUUGUCUGUGCAAACAGUCAACCCAUUCGGCUGGUGAAUGGGACUAACCGCUGCUCUGGUAGAGUGGAAAUCUACUAUAAAGGACAAUGGGGAACAGUCUGUGAUGACAAAUGGGGGAUGCAAGAUGCAGCUGUAGCUUGUCGAGAGAUGAACUGUGGGAAUGCUCUCUCAGUCAAGUACAAGGCUUACUUUGGGAGAGGUCAGGAUCAGGUUUGGUUGGAUGAGAUGGAGUGCACUGGUCAUGAAAUGUUACUUGCUGACUGCCCUCACAAAGAUUCUGAAGAACAUGACUGUGACCACAGUGAAGAUGCUGGUCUUGUGUGCUCAGAGACAGUCAGAUUGAUAAAUGGGAGUGACGCUUGUUCUGGCAGAGUGGAGGUUUUCCACGAUGGCCGAUGGGGGAAACUUUGUAGUAAUAACUGGGGCCUUAAAGAAGCUACAGUCCUGUGUAAUGAGCUCGACUGUGGAGCUCCCAAAAAUUCCAAAGACACCUUUUACUUUGGUGACAGCUCACUGCGAGGGUUCACAAGUAGAUGCUCUGAUAAUGUGAACUCUAUCAGCCAAUGUCAACUUCAAGAACACAGAGGGUCAUGUGAAGGUGUUUCUCUCUCAUGUGCAGGUCAACCACCGCUAAGGCUUGUGAACGGCACUGACCGAUGCUCUGGCCGAGUGGAGAUUCUGCAUGACGGCCAGUGGGGAACAGUGUGUGAUGAUGAAUGGGACUUAAGAGAUGCUGAGGUGGUGUGCAGAGCCACGGACUGUGGAACACCUCAGAGAGUUAAACCUGGUGCCUUCUUUGGUGAAGGCCAAGGUGUGGUCUGGCUGGAUGAUGUCAACUGUCUGGGUAAUGAGACGUCCCUUGGGCAAUGCAGUCAUCGCUCCUUUGGAGAAAAUAACUGUGGUCAUGGUGAAGAUGCAGGAGUGAUUUGUUCAGCUGCCAUUCGACUGAUCAAUGGGACUGACAUGUGCUCAGGAAGAGUGGAGGUCCACCAUGGGGAACACUGGUCACAAGCAUUUAAUGUCAACUGGGGAAUGAAUGAAGCUGCUGUGGUGUGCAGAGAGAUGAACUGUGGAGAUCCUGUCAAGAUCUCAGAGUCAUUUGGCAAAGGUCGAGAUCUGAGAGGGUACGAGAUUCGCUGUAACGGCAGAGAGAGUUCUCUCACACAGUGCACGUUUAGAGACCAUACCAGAUCUAUCACCGAUGGUACUGAAGAUGCCUCUGUGGUAUGCUCAGGAAACGUGAGAUUAACCGGUGGAUCCACUCGUUGUGAUGGAAGAGUAGAGAUUUAUGACAAAGGUCAGUGGGGGACUGUGUGUGCUGAUUCCUGGGACAUGAAUGAUGCAACAGUGGUGUGCAGACAGUUGGACUGUGGGAAACCUCACAAGCUUAAUGAGGUUGGCCCUGGUACAGGACAGACCUGGACUGAUCAAAUUGAAUGCAAUGGAAGAGAGUCUACAUUGAAUCAGUGUCCACAAAGACCAGGUCUGGACAGAACCUGUGACACAACUGUAGUUGCCGGUGUUUCCUGCACAGGGAGCUUGGCAGUGCGGUUGGUUAACAGCACUGAUGAGUGCUCUGGAAGAGUGGAGGUCCGUCACGGCGAGCAAUGGCACGCAGUAUGUGACACGGACUGGACUCUAAGUAAAGCUGGAGUGGUGUGCGAGCUGCUGGAGUGUGGACGUGCCGUGAAUGCUCCUGGUGCUGCUUUUUUUGGCCAAGGCAGUGGGUCAGUGGUGGAGGCUAGCACUUCUUGUUUCCACAGCGUGACUUCUCUUCAAGAAUGCUCGGUGAAAGGUUUUACAAGAGAAGACUGUGGGCAUGAACAUGAUGCUGGUGUUCUCUGUGCUGCACAAGUCCGGUUGGUGGAUGGCUCAGGUGAAUGCUCCGGCAGAGUGGAGGUCUUCUAUAAAGGACAGUGGGGAACUGUGUGUGAUGACGAUUGGGAAAUGAGCGAUGCUGAUGUGGUAUGCAGACAGCUUGAUUGCGGUCAUGCCAUUUCAGCACCUCUAAGCGCCCAUUUUGGUAGAGGCACUGGUCCAGUAUGGCUGGAUAAUGUGGGAUGCUCAGGCCAAGAGUCUGCUCUUACGCAUUGUUCACACGAUGGUUUUGGAGAAAAUAACUGCGGGCACGAUGAAGAUGCCAGCGUUAUCUGCUUAGGUGGUCAACAGAAGCCCAAAAUCACAAUAAGUCCUGCUCCAGAGGUGAACUGGGGUGACAAAGUUGAAAUUACCUGCACGCUAGUAACAGAACGCAUGGGCGGGACAUUUCUCCUGAAAAAAACCCAAGGGUCAUUUCAAAUGGAAAAAUUCUCAGAUCAUGCAUCUGCAACCUUUGUCUUCCCUAAAGUGGACUUAAGCCAAAAGGGUUCAUACUACUGUGAAUAUCAAAAGGUGUUGGCCAGUGAAGUCAUCUACUAUCCUCAAGGAAAUCCUGUUGACCUUUCCGUUGUAGUUAAACUGGAAAAACCCAACAUCUCCCUGAUGUCCCCCAGUGCAAUGGAACUCACCAAUCCUGACACAAUUUCUGUCUCUCGAGGCAGCACCUUCACUGUCACUUGCUCUGUUCAUUCUAUAUACCCUAGAGGUGUCUUCUAUUUCACACAUUUAAACACAAACACUACUGAAUCAAAGUCAGCAUUUGGCCACUCAGCCUUCUACCUGGCCAAUUUUGAGCUCGUUACAGUAAGUCAUGAACAGCAAGGAGAGUAUGCCUGUCUCUACAGCGUUAGCAUCGCCAAAAAAUCCUUCAGUUCAGUUCCUUCGAAGACUCUUAAUAUCAAUGUGAUAUAAACCAUUCAUAUCAUUGUUGUUUCUUCUUUUCUUGCUGAUAAUAAGUUAAUCAAGUGCAUUUGAUUAGCAGCACAUGGAAGCAGUAAGUUGUGGACAUUUUUCGCGCACUGCUUCUGCAUCACUCACUGGUGACGAGUGUUUCACUUGACUGUGGAGCCAUUUUGGUUCACUCUUCUUUCAAACUUGUUUUAAUUCAGCCACAUUGGAAGGUUAGCUUCUGUUAAAUAAAUGGAACACACUGUAAUAAGCCAUGUAUUGUUGUUCAUCCAAGGUUGUGUUUAUCAAAGACCUGUCAAGAAUGAGAAGGAUUGUUUUUUUCAUCGCGUCUUUAUACGUAAAAAGAGGGUGUGCUGGUCAUGUGUUGUGGGGAUGAGGACCCAAGUGCAUACUCAUGUGCUGGAUAGCAUCAGAGGCAUCUGCACAGCACAUAAUAGUGGGCUACUGGAACAAGAAGGCAUAAGUGGACACCAACAGCUUGAAUGCUACUAUGCAAGUAAUCCCACAGAAGGUGUUACACGAAGAGGACAGAGGAUGUGGUCCCACAUAAACUUCACAAAUAAAAAUGUCACUGAAGGCCA